AUGACGAGCGUGGGCCCGUAUUGCCGUAAUGUGCGCCAUUGGGUUGCCGCGACCUGCGCAAGGACCCCCUCGCCAUCGCCCGGCGGGGGCAGGUGAAAUGACUCGGGGCGGGGACUUAUAGAGCGGGGUAGUAUGCUGGGAUCUGCACGCUCGCAGCCCAUUUAUACAUCGCUUGCUUGAGUUUAUCACCUCGUCUGCUCUGCACCAAUAUGGCCACAGUACAAGACGCGUCCACCUCGAUUCUCGCGCCUCCUGCGACUACCUCUUCGGCCCCUGACGCGUCGUCUGCCACCCUCCCGCCACCGUCGCACCCCGCCAUCCACGACGCGACUAUCCUUCCGCCCUACUCCCCUGCGCGCGACGCGCCUCCAUACACACCUGCCGCACGCGACGACGAACGUGUGCUCCUCGCGCAGCCCCGCCGCAAUGAACGCGACCGCCCGCCCACGGGCCAUUUCCUCCAACAAUCCGGGCCCAUCUCCCUCGUCCUCUACGACCAGGCCGAGGGUGCCACUACUCCCCUCUUCCGGCAGCGCGCUGACGUGCGCGGGACUGUCGGCCUCGCCCCCAGGCUGCGCGAACGUGCGUCUGAGGUCGUGGUGAGGAUAGAGGGCCGGCUCGAGCUCGCCUACUCUGGCGGGAGCGCGCAGACGACGCGCACGGUGGACGAUUGCUACACCAUCUGGUCUGCGGACGCCGCCGAGGGCAGCAGCAUGCCACCGAGCGAGGUUGGCUUCUGCGUACCGCUGCCGAAUGGGUACGCAGGCUCAGACGGGAAGACGUACACGCUGCCCCCGAGUUUUCUUUGGGUGCAGCACGGGACGGCGGGGGUGUUCGUGAGGAGCUACUACCGCUUGCGCGUACUCGUUUAUGAGCGGCCACAUGGGCCUUUCGGAUUGCUUGCUGGAUCUCGGAGAAUGCUUGUGCCCUUCGACUACCGCCCGAGGACGCGGCCAGUCGCCCCCUUCUUCCCGCUCUCAUGCUUCUUCUCCACCGUCAAACACAUGCCCGAGGAGUGGGAAGAGACCGCGCUGGUUGUCGAACCCGCGGCGGGCUCUAAGCUCGGCUGCGUGCAGUGCCAGCUCUUCCUCCCUGCGGUCAAAGUCUUCGCCCUAAGCGACAAAAUCCCCUUCCACGUUCUACUCUCUGGCCGCGUCGACGCCUUACGCGCCUUCGUGCCCCUGGACGAGGUACCCAGCCCCAGCGACUGCCGCAAAGGCAAAGUACGACCUGGCGGUGUCGGCGCGGUGCGCAUCUCCAUCGUCCGCGAGGUCAUCGUCGAGGUGCGCAGCACGCGCAUCGUACGCUCCGAGCGCAUAGGCGAGGGGCGUAUCUGGCCCGUGCCGCCGACGGUCCUGGCGAUGGAGGACGCGAGCAAGCGCGCGGUCGAGGAUUGCCCCUGCGAGAACGCCGACUGGGAGGGCGAGCUGGCGUGUCGGAAGGAUAUCAUCACGGGCGGGUUUACGGCGAGUGGGCUGUGGGUACAGGAUGUUAUCCUCCUGGAGUUGACCCCACUGGUUCCGGGAACGAUGCAGAGCGUGCGCAAACGCGUGCCCAUCCGGCUCACGACGGAACCAUAUACGGAGCCGGACUAAACAUCGGAUGUACACGAUCCGCUGUUUCCUUGCUUCUGUCGAGGUGUCGCCAGCAAUCAUUCGAGCUACGCGCCCUAAUAUCUUCCGACGGCGUCGCGGUUCUACAUCAUCGGCGAUCGCUGACAGCAGAGCGCAGUGCUAUGGACGCAUGAGGUGGGAGAGCCGCCUAUCCGGCAGAUUUAUAGCAGAUGCCCUCGACCAGUCACGCAUGGUGUUGGUCAUUGUAUUGACGACCAUGUUCACGAAGGACUAGCGCAUAUUCGACACUGAUACCUAUGGUAUACACAAAUUUCAGUACAUACAGCAGUACUAUACUGGCAGGGAUUAGCCGUUCGUCCCUCUAUCGACUCGUUAGCAGAAGAAAUAUACUCAUUUUACCUAGGAAACUAGUGUUCAUC